GCAAUUCAAUUCAAUUCAAUUCAAUUCAAUUCAAUUCUUCUUCCAUUUCUCGACUAUCGGCUCCCCAAAGUUAAAGUAGAGAUACGAGCUCGCGGUCGUACCCCUGGCUCUGCUUUACGGCAUCACCAUCACCCUUGCCAUUCUUUCCACAGACAGACCCAAGUUGAACCCAGAGAGUCCUCAUCGCCCGAAACCCCCCCAAGCACUUGCGUUGCGUGCUCUGCUACCUAGGUACUUGUCAGUUUGCCGCUCUGUGUAUUGCCUCAAAUAUCGACCGACUGCCACCUGCCACCUGCCACUGCCACCUACUACCUCGUGCCUCAUACCUACUACUAACCUUCAUCGUGCCCAUCUCAAUCUCAACAUCGCUGCGCAAUUGAUUGAUUGGCAGGAAAGCGACGCAAAACUCAACAUUCAGAGGUGUAAACGUCAAGAGAACAAGACAAGGAACAAGCAGAAGUACCCAAGUCAACCCUAAUCCACUGCUUCCGACUUUCCGAUCCAAGACUAUCGAAAAAAAGACCAAUACCCAGAACCAUCCAAAUCCAAGGAUUCUCCAUUAUUCCAGUUAUACCCACUUUGUUACAGUUUCUGAGCUUGUCUCCACCAAGAUUGCCUUCCUCUCUGUUUCCACCAACCUAAAUUCUAACACCUUUAACACCGCCGUAUCUCUACCUCUCUAGAGAAAUACCACCCCCUCUGUCGUUCUUAUCCACGGAUAGAAGCCGUGUGUGUAUCCUACUCGAUUUGCCACUGUCGCUCGCUGCUUAACGCUAUGAUGAACAACUGUUAGGGAAUCAUUGAACAUGAUACCUGGUUAUCUUGACUCCAAUCCUCUGAGUCGUGGUUGAUUUAUAAAUUGACAUUGCUGGCGACACCGCGCGGAUUCACAUCUCUGGGCGAAAUACCUCUCACCACAAAUUCAUUAUCUUUUCGCAACAUCUUUACGAUAUCCUCUACUGCUACGAGCGCGGCCAUUGAUCUACGUCAUAAAGCGCAUAUUCGAGAGCGUUGAUCUCUCGAUCCAUUGGGUUGGAGGCUAGGUGAGCUACGUCUUUACAUUGAGGGGUUCCCAGAGACAGUCGAUCACAGUACCUCCCUCAACCACAAAUACCAAACGUACUCGUUCUCGACCAAUAUUCGAAAACACCCUUUGAUACGGGAGUUUCUCAUACGCCUGUUUACCUGCGAAAGUUUCCAUAUAUCAAUUAAUCCAGCCGUCUUGACGAUGGCGCGAAAACCUUCCCUCAUGGCCUCAUGGUCCACCGCGCUACUAUCUUCCCUCGCCAUUCUUAAUACCAUUUCUCCAGUCUCUGCGGAUUCAGGUGACACAUAUGUUAUAGGGAAAGACUCUUCAGGAGCGAAAGUUGAAUUACUUAGCAGUCGAACACCGGCGUUGUUCACAGGGAAUUUUGGAGAUUGCAUGGGUGGACAGAGUUUAAUUAAUGUUACGACAUUCGACGCGGCUUACUACGCCGAUAAUAUGACCGUUUUAUUUCAUCUCGCUGGUAACACGAAUUUACAAAAUGAGUCGGUAAUGAUACAUAUUGGUGUGCAAGCUUAUGGAGAGGACAGGUUCGAUUUGACCUUCAAUCCAUGUAGCGCAAAUUUUGCUAGUCUAUGUCCCAUGAAUAGCAGCAAGCCAAUCAGCGGCGAGGCCAUUAUUCCAGUAUCUGCAUCUGAAGUAUCCGGAAUUCCUGCUAUUGCGCUGGUAAUCCCAGAUUUUGAAGGAUCUGCUACUUUGCGGGUAUUUUCGAAUAGUACACAAACUGAGAUUGCUUGUUUCCAAGCUGUCAUGAGGAAUGGAGCAUCGUUUUCCCACCCAGCUGCUGUCAGCUCAGUCCUGGGCAUCUUCACGGCAAUCGCUGUGUUUUCUUCGUUUGCCACGGCCAUAUAUGGAGUCAGCAUACCGCAUAUUCGAACUCACUAUGCCCAUUCCCUGUCAGUACUGGUGGUAUUUGAAGUUUUCCAAUCGAUCUUCCUAUCUGGGGCUUUGUCAGUGGCUUGGCCAAGUGUUUUACCGGCAUUUUGGAGUAAUUUUGCUUGGUCGGCAGGUUUGAUUUACACCCCAUCCAUCAUCAAGUCAGUUAAUAGCUUCACUGGAAUAUCUGGAAAUUCAAGUCAGGUCGGUGGUGCCGGGUCUUCUACUAUCAACAACAACGGCGGAUUGCAACAGCAAAUCUAUGGACGUUCUUUGACAAAGCUGCAAGAGUAUAGUCAUUCGUCCAAGAUGGCCAGGGGAAAUGAGAUGGUGAAGAGAAUGGGAACGCUGGCCAAACGUGCUACUAGCGACAAUGCUACUAAAGGGUAUGAUUGGAAUGGAGUCCCCGUUGGAGUAGGGCUGCCACCCCCUGGAACCUGGUCCAAUUUUACCGGAACACUCGCCAACGUUGAUAUUCCGGCACAGGAUGCUUUCUUAGUUAGUUUCCUAUGGUACCUAAUCUUGAUUGUUAUUCUUGUUGCCUCUGCAGUUGCCUUCAAGUUUAUCUUGGAAGCAUUUAGCAAGAUGAAAUGGAUAAAGGAAGAUCGGCUUGCAUUGUUUAGGAACAACUGGAUCAAAAUUAGUGGAUUAAUUGUUCUGCGAUCAAUGCUUAUUGCAUUCUUCAUGAUAAUGACUUUGUCGCUCUACCAAUUUUCUUAUGGGGGCACAACAGGCAUAAUCGCAAUUGCGGCCAUCAUCUUCAUAAUAUUCUUCUUCGGAAUUUUGGCACUUGCCUUUUACGCUUGCUACUUCAGGCUUAGAUUCGGCAAUUAUGCCUCGGCUCCUGACCGAAUACAUUUUCAACGAAAGAAAGUGAUGAAGUUUCUCCCAUGGUAUGGAGCUGUAAGAGAGAGUAGCAUGGGGGAGAGCGAGACAGCAAAAACCUCUGGCUCUAUAUCUUUCUUCCGCUUGCACUACGUUGACCUAGACAAGGAGAGACAGAGUGUACACCAGGACGAGGAAUACACGAAGCGAUUUGGUUGGCUCUCAGCUCGAUAUAGAAGAACCCGUUGGUGGUUCUUCGCAUUCUGGGUUGUAUAUCAAUUCGUCAGAGCCUGUUUCGUUGGAGGUGCUCGUUCUAAUCCCGCAGCCCAAGUAUUUGGAAAUCUCGUGGUCGAGGUCAUUGCCUUCAUUGCUAUUAUUUGCCUCAACCCCUUCGAGGGUGCCCGCAAUACAGCCUUGGCGGUUUACAUGCUUGGUAUCAGUAAGGUUGCUACUGCAGGUCUAUCGGUCGCAUUCCUCCCACGAUACAAUGUUGCACGCAUUCCAACCACAGUCAUUGGGGUCAUUAUAAUUGUUAUUCAAGGUUUCUUAACCAUUGGCUUGCUAAUACUCAUCGUUCUCGGAGCCAUCUCAAGCUACAUGUCGAUCAUGCGUAAUCGUGAGGAGUUCAGGCCACGCAAUCUACAAAAUAUUCGCACAAAGUAUUUCGAUCACCUGGAACUGAAAGCUGUCGAUCUUCCACCUCCACCCCCACCGGUCCCCGAGGAGCCCAAGGAACCAUACUUCAGCGUUACCCAAGUUCGUCGAGCCCCUAAGAUCGAAGAUGAGGAUACUGUGCCAGAGAUGCCGGAGAUGAGAGGAAAUAGAGAUCCAAAUCCAUCACAACCCUCAUUACCUACAGCUUCUCGAAGCAGAGCCACUAGUAUGCGCAGUCAGCAUUCAGGAUAUGGUAGUGUGCCAUAUGGAGCGCGUGUCCAUAGAGCAAGCUGGAGUUCCAGAGAAUUUCAAAACUGGCAGCAGGAUGAGAUUGCUAGAGGUGACUCCCCCUUCAAUGCGCCAUCGAGACAAGCGAGUAUGCAUCACACUAUUAACAACUCAACUUCUACGGCCCCACUUGUACACCCUAAGGUGUCGCAAACGAGCUUAAGGUCAAAUACACCGAAAAGGGAGAAAACGGCUCAAUACGCCGAUCAGAGAGUGGGCAAUGCCAGUUAGACACAGGGUUGAUCUGCAACGAAUUUAUGACGGGUGGAUAGGGAAAAUAAACAACUACACCGGGUGUAGUUUGGGCGUUAGGCGUGUAGCCUUCAUCGAAAUAUGCAAAGAUGAAGGCAUACUAUUGAAAUUAAUGGGUUUUGCAUUUUAGCUAGCAUCACCGAAGGAUCAUAGAUCUUAUAUUUGUUGAAACAUAAAGGCAUAGUUAUAGCAUGGUAUGAAGGGAGUUAUAAGGACCAUAGCGCAUACAUACCAAUCCUUGUGAGUUACUGCUCCGAGCGAGUAAAUUCAUUAACAAAAAUAACAAGCAACUUUCUACA